UGGUCCUGAUUCACAGUUGUAUUAUUUAUGUUGCUGCAGCUGUGCACACACAAAACUGUUCUAAAGCUUUCUAGAAAUUUUUGGAUAACAGUGAAUUUUAACACAUGUUAUCAGACAGUGCACAGAAAUGUCGAAAAAUUUGGAUAUCAAUAUUGACGCAAUGAAAUCAAUAGCCAUCGUGGCCCCACCAGACUCUCCAAAAAAACCUGUAAAGUCCACUGCUGUGGUGAAAUAUUCUGCAGUUCAAACACCAGCGACAUAUGCUCAAUUACAAUGUAAUACAGAUUUAAAUCUUCCACCCAGCAAUUGGCUUAGCAGUUCAGUGGAAAGUUAUGGUCUGCAAAAUGUUUGGUCUCAGAGUACAGGAUUUUCUAGUUUUCGCAUGGCACAUAUGUUUCCUGAUGAUCUUGGCGAAGUAGAUGUGGUAUCGGAUGCAGAAAAUAUAAAGAAAUUACUGAAACUUUCUUAUAAUCGUGGUGUGAUUUCAAUGAUGGUUCAUCGGAUUGAAAACUCAUUGUUGUUGGAUGAUUUUGAUAUACACAAGUAUCUACUAAGACAAGCUGAGAAUGACUGGGAAUGGCUGAAAAAAUUCUUCUAUGAACAUAUCUUUCAAAAUCUUGGUGACAAGGAGACGUUUUUCCACAAGGCAUAUAGCAGAAAUAGUAUACAGCAGAAAAAUCUGGUGUCUAAAUUUCUUUAUCAUUCUAUAGUACUUGCGGAUAAUGACAAACAAAAUGAGAAACCUCAGCUGCCUGUAGAAACAUUAGAACCAUGUUUACCUGAACCAAUGCAAGAGGAAAAAGUACCUGAUCCAAAUUAUAAUCAUAAUUUUGCAAGAAAUGUUCUGUGGACGUUUGAGAACAUACAGAUGCUUAUUGGAACAGACAUGCCAAUAUUCGGUGGUCAAACACAUCCAUGCAUAAGCUUACGAUUAAGAGAUAUGUCAAAACCAAUUAAUGUUUUAACAGGAAUAGAUUAUUGGUUAGAUAAUUUAAUGUGUAAUGUUCCGGAAGUAGUAAUGUGUUACCAUUUAGAUGGUAUUGUACAAAAAUAUGAACUGAUAAAGACAGAGGAUCUUCCAAACUUGGAUGAUUCCAAGUUUAGUGCUAAAGUAAUUAGAGACGUUGCUCAAAAUAUCCUGAGUUUUCUAAAAAAUAAUGCAACAAAGGCUGGUCAUACUUACUGGUUAUUUAAGGGUGAAGACGACGAUGUUGUAAAGCUAUAUGAUUUGACAUCACUGUGUAGUGACGUUUCAGAAGAAAAAGGACAAAAUCCUUUUACCGUACCUGUUGCAAUGUUGUUGUAUAGAGUAGCUCGCAACAUGAAGUAUUCCCCCGAUCACCAUCGUUACCAGGGAACAAUCAGAAUGCUGUUGAAAAAUUGCAUUCAAUUAUUAGCCAAAGAAAAAUAUCCCCAGAUCGUCACAUCAGCGCAUUUUAUGCUUUCGGAUUUGUAUAUACCAUCGGAUACAGAUCCAGCCAGUCCAGGAUUAUCGGAUCAAAGCGACGAGGAAGACGCUCAUAGCGAAUGUAGCAUGAAUCAAGAAAAGAAGGAAGUAGAAGAGGAGAAAUUUUGCGCGGCAAUCAAAUCGUUGCCUCUAGCCAACAUAAAGGAACAAAUGGAACGUGAACAACCAAAGUACAAAGCACCACCAAUUUCUGGUACGAUAGAAGAAAGAUGUUUAUUCGGAUUAGAACAUGUUACUCAUGGACUCGAGUGUCUCCAGUAUUUCCCGAUUGAGGAUAACACCGACGAAGAACAAAAGAAAGCAGAAGAACGGGAAAAGGAGAAACGGAAAUAUGAGGAGAUGCAUCCGAAUGUAGCGAAACCUUUUCAGGCAAUUCCCAUGCCUUACACCCCGUUGAACAAACAAGAGAUAAAUGGCACGUUGAAGAAAAAUUUGGAGAAUUAUAGUCCCGCGCAUAAAAAGAAAAAUAAGCAAAAGAAGAAGAAAAAUGAGAAGAACAUGAUGAAAGAGAUGGCGAGUGAAAAUGCUUUAUUGUGUAAACCUAAAGCGGAAACAUUACCCACGUGGCAAGCGCCAAAAAAGAGCGACAAUAUUUGCUGGAGCGCUCAUUUGAAAACUCUGUUAUACGAGAAAGCAUCACUGAUAUUUGCCGUGCUCGCCGAGAAAGAAUUUGUGAAUAAAAAUUACGGCGUCUCUCUGAGAUGCAUGCUGGAAGUAUUGUAUUGUCAAAAGAUAUUGGAAAUCUUCUGCGGCAUAAGAAACGACAAAUCAAUUAGUUAUCUAUUAGGUCGCGCAGGAGACUGUUGUUUCAUGAUAGUGCAAGAUUGGAGCAAUGUUGAAAAGCAUAGGGAGGAUUACGAUAUGAAAAAUGAAAUGGAAGAAAAAAUAAUCGAAGAAGUGUUUAAUAUAGAGGAUCUAGAUAUGAACGGUGCUGAAUUACUGCCGAAGAAACUUGAAAAUUUAGAAUCUACUUUACUUUCUUCGUACAAAUGUUAUGACAAGGCUUUGUCGUUAGAAUUGAUGGAUGUAGAUCGAAAUAACUUGUUGAGACGAUUAGGAAAUAUUCAUAAUGAGCUGGGUGUCCUUUACAUGAAUCAGGCAGGAUCUCGGUUCCAAGAAACGCAAAUGGAUGAGUCGUCGAAUACGGAUGUAACUGCGCUUCUAACGCGUUCAUUGACACACUUAGAAUCCGGCAUCGUAGCUUUUCACGACGUCCAUGACGAAGCGAAUCUGGCGCUUUUACACUCAAACACGGGACGGCUUAUGCGACUCUGCGCGCACAUGCACGACAAACAAAACAUGAAAGAGCGUCAUUUUUAUAACAAGGCACUCGAGAGUUAUCAGAAGGCUCUGCAAGUUUUAGGCCAUAGAAAAACGAAUUCGGUAAUAUGGGAUAAUGUAAUGUGGGACAUGUCGACAACGUUAUACACGAUGGCCUCGCUAUUACAAGAUUAUCCUAUUGCCGGACAUAAGAAUGAAGAAGAAUUGGAAAGGGAAGUGGUUGAUACUCUUCAGAAAGCGCUCAAACAUUGUGAUGUGGAUACUCCUGGAUCGCGACAACCAGUUUAUCAAUUUCGAGCUGCAACCAUUCAACAUCGAUUAGCUUCGUUGUAUCAUCACGUGUACAGAGAAUACGAAUCGGAUGCGGAUAGUAAUAAGAAAAGAACUAGCUUGCAGUUAUCUAAAUUAUAUUACGAUAAAGCGGCCAAAUUGCUACUAUCAUUAGAACAGACUACGGAAUAUUUGACGGUACAAUUGGAAAGAGUCGCUCUGGUGGAACAACAAGCACAAAACGGUACAACAUUCAAUAGCAAACUAAAAGCGUACCAAAACGGUUUAGCUAUAGUUCUACAAUGUAUACCUAUCAUGGAGAUAUUAUUUGAACGAAGUAACGCGGCGAGACAAAAGAAGGAAACGAUCGAUGAUAAAAUAAAGGAUAAUAGCGCGGAACGUGGAAAAGUGAUCCAGGAACAAAAGUUAGUGGAUGAGAAUCCAUUGGAUGAAAAUCAAAUAGAGGAAAAUCUCGUUGUUCUGCUAGAACAGAGAUUACAAUUCCUCUUACGAUCGUUAACCAAGCUGUUUCUCAGUAAAAGUCCCGUGCACAAUAAAAAAGAGCACGAAACGCUUGCAAAUCUAUACAAGCAAUGUUACAUACGAACGUUGCGACAAAACACGAUGUCUGGUUACGCUUUCAUAAAACACAUGACAGAGCUUUUGCGAGAACUCGACGACAUGUUAAAACAUAUAGAGUCUUAAUCUUAAAUUAUGUAGAUAAAGACCAUAUACAGUUAAAAUAAUGUGAUUUAAUGUGAUGUAUACAAGAGCGCGAAAUUUAUACAUUUCUUUAAUCUUUCAAAAAUUACGCGACGUGUAUAUACAUAUGUGUAUAUAUAAAAGAUAUAAAACGAUGUUAACUAUUGUGUAUGCCAUAUAAUGAUAAAAUAAUAUUAAACAGGUAUUUUUUCAUUUUA